CAUCCGACGAUAGUUUUUCAACUCUUAACACCUUGUCUCCGUUUCCCGGUCUCUAUGCUAAAUGCAUAGCGAUUCUUCAUCGAAACGGUUACACAAAUAGGGAAAAAGUGGAACAUUCUACUUUCACGUUCGACGAAGAAUUGAUAUUUCGCUGCGCGAUAGAAGUGCGAAGUGAUAAUAAUUGAAACAAAGAUACGUGUGCAGAAUUUCGGAAAGGUUCGGCGGAUUUCUGUCGCGAGGAAAGAUAGAAAGAAGCGAAGGAAGAUGUUUCAAUGGCCAUUGAUUGUUGUAUUAGUGGUUUCGAUGUUUGAUGGCAGAGUAUGUCCUGCAGUGCAAAAGGGACACGACAAUGGCGAUAACCAUGAUGUUACCAAAGGAAAUAACGUCACCAUCGAUUUAAAUAACAAUGUUAAUAACACGACCGAAUCCUCGAACAACACGAUGGAGGAUAAAAAGGACGCAAAAUCGUCAAUUAAGCAUUUACCGGUCUUACGGGAGCCCUUGGGGGCCCCUAUAAAAGAGUCACCAUCCAAUGCGACGAAAACUAUCGAGGAUAGAAAACAUGAUUGUAAUACAACAAAGGAAGUAACAGAUAUGAUUUAUUGCAAUGUCAGUCCACCAGACGACGAUGCAAUUAUUGAACAAAACUUAAACACAACAGAGUCCCCAAGUACCACAAUUGCUGCAAACAAUAAGACUGAAGCGAGCACCGAAUCUCGGGUAACAAAAGUAACUCCUAAGGAGAGCAAUGAAAAAGAAAGUGGGAAGAAAACCUUGGAAACUGUCGUGCCAUUAAAUCAUUCAGAAACCACAGAUAAAAUAUCUUAUGACGUUGUAUCCACGGAACCAAAUCAUUCUAUCCAUACCAAUGAACCGGAAGUUUCAGGUACCACUUCAAAGCAGGAUAUCAAUACAAGUGAAGCCUCGGUUAGUUCAGUAGCACCUCUACAGACAGAUAGCACAGCUAUAGAUACACAAUCUAAAGAUGUUAUUGCAGCAGUGAAGUCGAGUGAUAAGGAUAAUAAUAAACCUAUGCCCUCAGGACUCAUAGCGCUAGUUACCGCUAUAAGUUUCGCUGUAGCAAUCGCGACUGUAUACAUUGGCAUGAUCAUCUGGAGACGAUAUAUUGAAUAUCGAUACGGUCACCGGGAGUUACUCGUGAAUGAACUAGAAUUUGAUACUAAUGAUUUGCGUCAUUUUGAACUGUGAUUCUAAAAGAGUCAUAACCCGCGUAGGAAGAAGAAGUAAUUGAUCCACGGCCGGUCAAGGUUUAUAUAAGCUAUAACUAUUAAAGAUUCAUUGAUCUGUGAUACUAAGGACAUGCAUCGCGUCUGACAGUCAACAAACCAAAUCUAUUUGGAUAAUGUUAUACAUUUCUUGUAAUGUAACUGUUUUAUAUGCAUUAUGUAUACACCCGGUCUUUUCAAGC